AUGUUACCUUCAAACUUUUUGAAAAUUCGUUUAUCAAUUUUAAUUCCAAAGAAGUUAGACAUUUUAGAAAAUAAACAUGAGAACAAUUCAAAUGUUGCCACUCAGGUUUCCAGAAUUGCUGUGUUGGAUGAAUCGAACCUAACCUACGAUCUCAUGUUUCACGCUCACUGUCUCAGAGCUUUUCUCCGCCGCCGCACUUUCUCCCAACCACCACCAACCUCCAAAUGUUACGUUUUUCUUCAACUGAAACCCUUCCAUUCACCCCUCUCUCUCUUCUCUACCACUUCUCAUUCUUCUGAUAAACAAUCAUUCACCCUUUCCUACUUCACAAACACUUGUGGCUUCUCACACCAAGCUGCUCUCAAAGCAGCCAACCGAGUUCGUUUCGAUGACGCAAACAAGCCCGAUUCGGUCAUCGCCUUCUUCACAAACCACGGUUUCUCCAUCUCUCAGAUACACAUCAUCAUUCGCAGGUUACCAGAGCUGCUUGUAUUCGACCCCACCAAAACGCUUUUGCCUAAGCUUCAAUUCAUAGCCUCCAAAGGUUCUGACAUAGUCACCACUGUGACUAAGAGCCCGUAUUUGCUGCGCCAAAGCCUUGAGAAUUACAUAAUACCUGCAUUUGAAUUUGUAAGGACAUUCUGCCCAUCUGAUGAAAAAGCAAUCGAUUGUGUACUAUUUGGUUCCAAUAUCAUUACUAUUGAUCAAUGGAAAUCAAAAGUAAAUUUGUUGCUUGAUAUGGGAGUGUCUCCCACAAACAUAUACAUUUUGCUUAGAACUAGGCCCAAUAUGCUCAGAUGUGCUGACUUGAAGUUGAAGGAGGCUGUGGAGGAACUCAAGGGAUUGGGAUUCCAUCCUUCCAAAACUGCUUUUAGUUUUGCCUUACUAGCCAAAAGGGCUAUGGUCAAAUCUAAUUGGGAUGCGAAAGUCGAUGCGUUUAAGACCUGGGGCUGGUCUGAAGAUGCUGUUCUCCUUGCAUUUAAGAGGGAACCCCGCUUUAUGCUAUACUCAAUCAAAAAACUAAAUGCAGUGAUGAGUUUUUGGGUAGGUCAUCUUGGUUGGGACCCUUCAGUGCUUCUAGCAGUGCCAGCACUAUUUGGAUUUAGUUUGGAGAAAAGGCUUGUGCCGAGGGCUUCAGUUCUCAAGUAUCUUCUCUCCAGAGGUUUGAUGAAGAAGGAUGCUAGCUUAAGUGCACCAUUUUUUAUGACUGAGAAGUCAUUCCUGCAAAAGUUUGUGAAAAGUUUUGAGGAGGAGGAAACAUCUAGGAUACUAAGUCUAUAUCGGGGAGGACGCUAGCAUCUGGCACUUGGUUAACUUACAGCCUUCUGUUUAAGUCACAAUUCUGAUCUAUAUCACUAAUUUGAUAUUUUGCAUGCAAGUGGUGCAAGAAAAUUAAAUUUUCAUUGUUGGAGAAUUUGUUUCUUUCAUUGUACAUAUGCUCAUUUCCAAAGAGGUGGAUGGAUUCAUGUCUUACCUCAGGAAUCAUGGGAUUAGAAAGUUGCUUGAAGAGUGCAAGAAGGUAAAUAAUUCAAAUAUCUUUUCCCUUGUGUUGGCAGUUCAAUUAAGCCAAAGCAGAAAUGAUAAAUUAUCGAGAAUGCUAGUUUGGCCUAGGGAAACCUGAGUGAUUGAUUAGUUAUUCUGAAUAUGUGGUAAGAAAAUUGUUUGUGAAAUGCUUUUCUAUGCACUAUAGUAUCCCUUCUCUCAUAACUUUUUCUCGCCAAAGGACAACGGCUUAUGUAGUUUGAAGAAAGUUCAGUCUUCUAAUCUUCUUGUAUGGCAGUUGUUGUUCUGUUGUUUUGUAUGCAAUAAGGGGAUAAUGCGCAUUGUGUUUCUCUAAAUAACUUCAUGUUAAUAUGGUU